AUGACACCCGCAAAAAUGCCCCUUCGGGCUGAUGAAGAGAUGGGCAAGAAGGAUGACGACCAUCGGCCCUCUGAUCAAGCGCGUUUCCUACCUUUGCGACAUCGAGCGAUACCCCGACCUCGCCGGAUAAUCCUCGCUGUAAUUGCGCUUGUUCUCGUUUACGAGUUCUUCAAACAUAUGCCGACGGACCUGGGCCCCGCCGUUGAACGGUAUAACCCUGCGAUUGCAAGGUUACGAGAUGAAAACCUUGCUAAAUGGGCCAACCCAGAUAAACCACCUGCUGUUUCCAACCCAGUUAUUGCACCACCAGUCAAGGUGUUGGAAUCGAAUCGGGAGGAGGAGGUUUACGAUGGAAAGAUCAAGUUCUAUGAGUUGGCCCACUCUCUUCCCCGCGAUAAGUACUCGCGGAAAGCAGCUAGUCGUGCAGUUGUCUUUGCAGCAUCCAGUCUUCGCAGUGUGUCGGAUCUCUUGCCCCUAGCUUGUCGCAUGGCUGGUGAACAGUUGAACUAUGUGCAUUUUGUUUUGAUGGGAAAAGAGGAAAUUUCAAUCGAAGGCAUCAAGGGGGUUAAUGGCAUUAGAGAUGAUGAGUGCCCAUUGACAUGGCAUGAUGCCCGGCCGGACUAUGCAUCCAAAUCUACCGACGACCGCAUGGAGCGAUCCGUGGUAUCAGGCCUUCAAAUAAUCCGGACCUACAUUAGACCCGAUGUUCUUGUCACGCAAGGCCGGAGCUGGGAGGAUCCCUUUUUCUGGAACGGAGUCGAGAUACAUUCACAGGAGAAUGCCACCCCUCAUGUCGCUCUUUCCACGGCUUCAAGGAAUAUUAUGUGGAUAGCUCUGCUGGAUAGCGUGGCUCUUCGAUCAUGGAAUGAUGUACAGGUCGAAAUGGUGGUGCAUGCACCGUCUGAGUCUUCUGGUUCUUUGAUUAGGCUUAUGCAGUCAUUAGAUGCAGCCGACUAUUUAGGAUCAACGCCGAGCUUGACGAUAGAGCUCCCUCAGCAGGUGGAUCCGCAACUGCUUCAGUUUUUACAGCAUUUGGAUGGCUUGACCCAGCUUACUAGCCGAAUCAGUAUUCGGCGGCACAUCCAGCCACAUGGCAUGGAUGCAACAGAGUCAUCGCUUCGGACUGUGGAGGCGUUUUAUCCUCGGAACCCGGAUGUCACACAUUUGCUUAUGCUAUCUCCACAGGCAGAGCUCGCACCCUCAUUCUAUCACUACCUGAAGUUUGCUGUUCUGAACUAUAAACAAUCUGCCCGGGCCAGUCAUAUAUUCCCCAAUAUUAUUGGCAUCUCCCUUGAACUACCAUCAUCGAAACCUACGUCUGACAGCCAAUCGUUCACCCCACCUGCCAUGGCCGGUAAAGAUAAUGAACAGUAUCUUCCCUCGUUCCUCUGGCAGGCCCCAAAUAGCAAUGCAGCAUUGUACUUUGGCGAUGCGUGGGCCGAAUUCCACUCAUUCCUGGCUAACCGCUUGUCUACUCCGCAAUCUGCGGCGGCCUCUCAAACAAAGUUGAUAUCAGAGAGAUAUCCAGCCUUUAUGGAACACUUGCUGGAGAUGAUCCGUGCUAAAGGAUAUUAUCUUCUGUACCCAUCUUUUCCGGUCAUCAAAUCUCCUUCGAUUGCUACAGUACACAACGAGCUAUACCAGGCGCCAGAAGAAUUCGGGAGUAGCAAGCCCAUCAGCUCGGGCAGAGAAGUGGUUUUGGAUAUCGAUGACCCUACAAAGCCGCUUACAGGGGAUUUUGCCACCGGCUUGGGGAAUGUCGAAAGACCACUAGGCCGCGUAUCAACCAUCAUGCCGCUGCUUGACCUGUUUCCCUUGGGUCUUCCCGAUCUUGAUAACCUGCCUCUACUUUCGUAUGAUGGCGAAGAGUUGACCCCCACGGCUUAUGCCAAGCAAACAGAAGAGUAUGCCAAGCAGUUCCGGGGCCAUUAUGGAGGAUGUACCGGGGAUAUGAUGGACGCUCCCUCAGCAGACAUAUUUUGCAUUUAA